GAUUCCCAUGUGCUCUAGAUACGUUACGCUCUAGAUUUCAACACAUAACCUUUCCAAUAUAACCCUCCACUAAACCCUCAUCUCCUAUGAAAUCAUCUGCUGCUUCUUUCCAAGAAAUGAAUCCGACAACAUUAAACCCUAUGCUCCAUUCUGUAUCGCAAUCUAUUAAUCCAUCGAGUUGCAUUUCUCCACUGGCAAUCUUUCUUCUGAGAGGGAAUUCUUGAUUUAUGUCGCACUAAUGACUGGGGGAGCUCAAUCUUGUAGAAAUGAUAAACCUUCCAUCAAUUACAGAUAUAAUCCUCAUGGAGGGGCUUCUUUUGACCUUGCGGAUGUUACUCGUGAAGAUUAUGCUCCCAGUUCCCAUGAUAAUGGCAAACACCCUGCUAAACAAGCUGAAGCCAGAUCAUCUAUACUAAGCACGGCUGAUCUCAUUUCAGGAGCGGGCCAGUUAUGGAAUUUUGCCUCUUCGUCUCUUCCUGUUUUACGUCAUAAGUCAACAUCAACACAGAACAAUGAUAGCCUUCAGAAAGAGAACACAUUCUAUUAUCCAGCCGAGGAAGGAAAUAUAAUUGCGUCUAUUUCUUCUGAGGGUCAGAAUGUCUCAGUAAAUUUAAAGGCCGAUAGCCAUGUUUCACCUACAGUGAAUGUGCAAAAAGACUCAGACUCUGUAUGUGUAGCCAAAAAACACUCUUCUUUUGAUUGUUGCAGUGUGAGUCGGAGUUGCCUGCUUACUGCUUAUGGUAAGACGAUCCUAUCUUGCAAAGAGAAAGGGGUUUCUAGUGUAAUGACCUCAUAUGAAUUGCGAAAUAUAUAUGGAUGGAUGAGCAACGUAAAGCUUUUGAGUCCAAUGUAUAACGUGAACUCUAUUGAACAUGAUAAGAAAAGAACUGAUUACUGCUUUAAUGCUAGAGAAACAGCUAGUGUUGAAAGAAGCAAUCCAGAAAACACUAGGCUUGAUGACGGUAUGAUUACAAAAACUGAAUUAGCUGAAACUGAGGAAUCUUCAUCACGGGAAUAUGCUAACAAUAUGAUGAAAACAAGCACAGGUGUUAUGUCUCUGUGCUCAGAGUAUCUUCUUCGUCCUAUACAGGAUGUUGAGGCAGAUGGUAAUGGCUCCAUCGUUCCAACUUCUAACCUUCAAGCUGACUCCAACAUGAAGUCUCUAGGUUUAGGUACAAGUCCUUACUUAGAAUGCCGGCAUGGGAAAGAGGACGAGUUAAGUGAGAUCAAAGAAGGUCAAGAAAGGCAAGUUGUCAAGCAGGAAAGUUCUGCCAUGCAGAUUUUUUCAUUGACACCAUAUAAACUACAGUAUGGACUCGCAAAGCAAGAGCAUGCUUUUGCUGGAGCAUUUGCUGGUAUAUUUGUCAGCCUGUGUCUGCAUCCCAUGGAUACAGUUAAGACUGUUGUUCAGUCUUGCCGUACUGACCAAAGAUCUAUUCAAUAUAUCGGCAAAUCAAUUCUACAUGAAAGAGGUUUAUCAGGACUUUACCGUGGAAUUGCAAGCAAUAUUGUUUCUUCAGCACCUAUUUCUGCAAUUUACACUUUCAGUUAUGAAUCAGUAAAGGGAGCUUUGCUUCCCCUCUUUACCAAGGAAUAUCACUCGUUGGCCCAUUGCAUGGCUGGAGGUUGUGCAAGUGUUGCUACUUCAUUUGUUUUUACUCCAAGUGAACGAAUAAAGCAGCAGAUGCAAGUUGGUUCACACUAUCACAGCUGUUGGAAUGCCUUAUUGGGGAUUGUGGGGAAGGGAGGCUUUUCAUCAUUAUACAAUGGAUGGGGAGCUGUACUCUGUAGGAACGUUCCUCAUUCUAUCAUCAAGUUCUAUACAUAUGAGAGUUUAAAGAACAUGAUGUUCUCUUCACAUCAAGCACAUGCUCAGCCAACCACAAUAUUAACGCUAUUAUGCGGAGGGUUAGCUGGAUCUACUGCUGCUUUAUUUACAACUCCUUUUGAUGUGGUGAAGACGAGAUUACAGACACAGGUACCUGGAUCCGUAAACCGCUAUCACGGCGUAUUCAGCACUCUUAAAGAUAUAUCCCGACACGAAGGCCUUAAAGGACUAUACAGGGGAUUGAGUCCAAGAUUGGCCAUGUACAUGACUCAAGGAGCACUUUUCUUUGCAUCUUACGAGUCGUUCAAAAGGUUACUUUCUACUCAACUCGAACCUUCAUCAAAGGAUUUGUAAAUCGCGUGAUUUUUUCGUUUGAAGAUUGUUGAUUCUUUUAGGUUUCAGUCACACAUAUAACAUUACAAAUUCAUGUAAAGAGAGGAUUCAUACCAAAAGAUAUGCCUGAGGAUAUCGAGGGGAAAGGAAAACCAAUUUUUUUGUUGAAAUGACAGUUUUUUGAUGCGC